AUGAAUGAUAAUUUUACUGAAUCAUGGCAAAUAGGAACUAAUUGCAGCAAAUUAAUCAGUCAUCCAUCCAAAGCUGUGACCACUUUGCAGGCCAUUGUGAUGAUCAUCACUACACUCACAGAUAUAUUUGGAAAUAUUCUUGUGAUACUUUCUAUUUUGCAAAAUAAGAAGCUGAGGAAUCCUGGUAAUAUCUUUGUUAUCAGCUUAGCAGUAGCAGACCUGAUGGUUGCACUGCAUCCUUACCCACUGCUUGUUGUUGCACUUUUACAAAAACAAUGGACAAUGGGAAUGCUACAAUGUCAGCUUGCUGCAAUUAUCCAGGGACUGAGUUUCAUCGGCUCCAUCCUGAACAUUACAGCCAUUGCAAUCAAUAGGUACUGCUGUAUCUGCCAUAGCCAAGUAUAUGAUAAACUUUACAGCAUGAAAAAUACUUACUAUUUGGUCAUCUGGACAUGGACACUGAGUAUUGCAUUAGUCUUACCAAUGAUUUUAGAGGGAGCAUUGCAGUAUGACCCUCGUGUAUAUUCAUGUACAUUUGUAUUCACAACAAAUCUAUCUUUCACUAGUGUUCUUGCAGUCCUACAUUUCAUUAUACCACUGACAACUGUUAUCUACUGUUACACAAGGAUAUGGAUCCUAGUUAUUCAGGUUAAAUACCGCGUGAGACAGGAGAACAAACAGAAAGUGAAAGCCAGUGAAGUGCGAAAUUUUUUUACAAUGUUUGCAGCUUUUGUACUCUUUGCAGUUUGUUGGGGCCCAUACAGCAUUUCUGCUCUAAUUCUAUCAUUUAACCCUGACAGAAAGUCACCAAUAAUUUCUGAUGAGCUCUUUGUUGUUGGUUUCUUUAUGGCUUAUUUCAAUAGCUGCUUAAAUGGCAUAGCUUAUGGGAUUUUUAACCCAAAUUUUCGGCAACAGUAUAAGAAUGUGGUUUUGUCUUUAUGUUCACUAAUAGCAAGGAACCUGCAAACCUUCUAA